CAGCCGAGUGCGCGCGUGGCUUCUGGGGUUGCGCAGUGCAGGCGCGGGCGCGAGCAGGGCGGCGCGAGAGACGGAGGUGUCACAUCUGCACACGGCAGACUGCGACUGUAAUUUCCACACGUCAACAUGCGGACAGGUCGACGGAGUGUGGCUCACCUGAGCAGGCUGCUUCCACAUCUUCUGCUCCUGUUGCUGCUCUCACUCUCCACCUGUGCUGCGCCAGGUGUGCCAGAUGUUCAAAGUUCCAGUGAGGAGCAAGAAAACAGUCACCUGGUCAACCCGUUUGGGUCCGGAGACGAUGAGAGAAGUUUGUUGCAGAUCUUCAUCCACUCGCAUCUGAAGGAUAGUGAUGGAACUGAGAUUAACACCCGGGAGCAAGAGGUCUUCUUCCUCUUCCGUCUGUACGACUUUGACCGCAGUGGAUUCCUGGACGGACUGGAACUGAUGAAGUUGCUUUCUGACUUCAACACUGAUCAGACAAGUGGAGCCCCGGACAGUAAGAAAGUGGAGUCCAUGGUUGACUUCUUACUUCAGAGUCAUGACGCGAACCUGGAUGGACUGUUGGCUCCAUCGGAGCUGCUCACUCCGCCAUUAGCUCACAGAGAGGUUGGCGUCAGUCACAACCCUCCUCAGCAGGAUCACACGGUGAUCGACGUCCAGGAAGAGACGCACAAAGUGGAGGCGCAUGAGGAGUCGCUUGAGGAGGCGCUUGAGGAGGCGCUUGAAGAGGCGCAUGAGGACGUUCAAACUCCACAGGAAGACCAUCACCAGGAAGUGAAAGUGGAAUUGGACGAGGAUUUACAACAAGAAUUGGAACAAGAUGGACUAGAAAUCCUAGAGGAGCAGAAUCAUGAGAUGAAAGUGCCCGUGCAUCAGGGGCAGCCGGAGAUGUAACCUUGAGAGCUGGAUGUAGCGUCAGCGCCGCGACUCUCUGACUGUUCUGUCUGCAGAUAUUUCCUGUGUUGCAAUUUAAUACUAUGUGAGAUUUAGAUGAUAAAUAUUCUCAUAUGAUCAGAAUGAGUCCAAUGAUUUUUCGUUAAGCAUAUUUUUAUUGCACCCUUUGUAAAAUUAUAUUUUUAUAACAGGUGUGUGUUUUCAUUUGAGACCCUGUGCACUAGCCUGGACUGACUUUGGUCCAGUUAAAUUCUAAAAUAUGCAGUUCAAUUAAUACAUGUAUUUUAAACAUGGAAUGUAAAAAGACUGAUGUGGAACAAACAUGUUUUUUUAAAAGAUAUAAUUCAAUGAGUGAGUAAAAUGUAUAAGGAAAAAUGGACUGAUGAUGUCUUCAUUUGUUUGGAUUUAUUUGUUCAAUAAACAUUUUGAU